GAAGGGUGGAGGUGUUUAACAACCCGAGUGAUUGGGGAAAGUAACUUCAUUAAUUAAGGUGAUAGAUUAACACAAAAUUGUUUUAGAGGAUGGAUGUUUAUGAACCCUCUCCUGAAGACUAAAUCAAAUUAAAUACUCAGCUCGCGCCGGAACUUCAGUGACUUUGUAAUUAUCGGUUGGGCAGCGAUGGGGUCGAAUUGUCCCGUCUGGAUGACCCGAUAAAACGAGGUCAGCGUCGAUUUGCUCCGAGUUUGUCAACCAAGCCAGUGUGAAUCGGAGUCCGGCGCCCAAAGCUCCCGUUCACUUCCCUCAUGUCUGGUGCGGGCAUCAAGUCGGAUUUAAAGCAAUCGUUGGAGGAGGUCCCCGUCUGCGACACCGACAAUGAAGCCCAAGAAGCGAAGAUGCCGCGGAAAUACCUCAUCCUCACCAUGCUCUCCUGCUUCUGCCCGUCCUAUCCCGUCAACAUUGUGGCAUUCGCGUAUGCAAUGAUGGCCCUGCACAGCUACAACGGGGGGGAUGUUGAUGGAGGAAAGAAGCUGGGACACAUGGCCACGCUGGUCUCCAUUGCAGCGAUUAUCACCGGAUUAAUAGUGAUCGCAAUCUACUGCAUCGUUCACUUCUCAAUGCAGUGAACAGCCGAUCACUGAGAAAGACUGAGUGAUUUGGAAAUCCCCCAGCAGCGGCCUGAUGGAAAUGGAAUUAUGAAUAAUUUGUGCCUUUCAUAUACAGUUUAUGCAGUUGAUAUGAUUUCUCUUUUUAAACUGACUUGAGGUCAGAUCUACUUUGUUUUAAUACGAAUUGAUUACUAUCAUUAGGGAAUGGAAAAUUUGAUAAAUUUAUAUUUUAGUACUUUAUAACAAUAGAAAUCUCAGAAAUCACUUUUCCCAUCAAACUUGGAAGCUGGAUAACAUAGGAACACACGAGAAACAACAUAAUUUAGCAAUAUUAUACUAAAGACAUUAAAUCUCUUAUAUACUUAACAUGAGAAUAAAUCUAAGAACUACCCUAUAUGGACAAUCAAAAUACUUGACCUAUAUUUAAUGCCAUAUAUACUUUAAUUGUGAUUGAGAACUGUAUGAUUUUAAUAUGAAACUAAUCCCUUGUGUUACCCCUCCAGCAAUAACAGGUGAUGUUUGACUUGGUUGUACAAAGUUUCUGUCUGUAUUUUAACAGAAAUUGAAACUCCUUUUAAGAUAAAUGUUACUAUGAAGACAAUAUUUCAGGUGCAAAUGUUAAAAUCUUGUAAGCGUGUGUUAAAAGAGAUCAGUUUUAAACAAGUCUACAUUUAUUUCAUUGUUUAAUGGUUGAAAUGAUUUAAUGUGGUGCACCAUCCACUGUUUCUGAUGAGUGCAUUAAUGUCAAUAUCGACUAGAAAUCAUUGCAUAAACCCCAUGACAUUCUCUUAUAUUCUCUUAUGAAUUCACCUUGAUGAUAGUCACUCAGCUGGAACUGCUGCAGUCCAUUCAGUGAACUUACUACUUCUAUCAGUGGUCCAGCAAUUCACCCCCCCCCCGCCAAACAGUGAAAAAACUGUCACCUGACACAACUCUCAGAGGAAUAAGCUUUAGAAAUUCAAAAUGGUUCAAAACAUCAUGCUGCUGAGUAUACAGUACAGCUGGACUUUCAGACUGAGCUGAAAGGAACAUGUUCAGCCCCACCUCAAUAAACUGCUGUUGGUAAUUUAGUUUACCCAGUAUGCCCAGUUCUCACACCAUGCAACAAAGAAAGGUGUGGAAACAGAGGGUGCUAUUCUUGAUUUUUGCUUACAGGUUCAAUUCUCUUCCAGAAUUGAGGAGGUGCAAUUUCAUCAUCUUUUCUGUGCGUUACUUGUAAAUAAACCAGUGACUCUGGUCUAUGUUACUUACAGUUUUGUCACAACUAAGAUAAAGAGACUGUAAUACUUCAAGGCUUUUCUUUAAACAUGAAGUUCCUGGCGAAGAUAUGCAAGGUCCAGGAUUAUCUGCUGAGCUUGUGGAAAAUGUGAGUGAAGAAUUUGCCUUGAAGUUAUCGAGGGAGACAGUAUGGAUACAGACCUUUCACCAACCACCAUCACAU